GGAGUGGGUGGAGCUCAGCAGUAGAACAAGAUAAAUAGUGGUAAAGGACCUGUGAGGAUGGUCAUGUGAUAGGAGUGAGCGGAGCUUAGUAGGAUACAAGAGAUUGUGGAUGAUGGACCUGUGAAGAUGAUCAUGUGAUAGGAGUGGGCGGAGCUCAGCAGUAGAAGAUAAAUAGUGGUAAAGCACCUGUGAGGAUGAUCAUGUGAUAGGAGUGGGCGGAGCUCAGCAGUAUGACAGGAUAGUGGUAAUGGACCUGUAAGGAUGGUCAUGUGUAAGGAGUAGGCGGAGCUAACCAAUCAUGUGACAUGUGUGGGCGGAGCUCAGCAGGAUAGAAGAGAUUGUGGAUAAAGGACCUGUGAAGAUGAUCAUGUGACAGGAAAAGGCAGAGGUCAGCAUUCGGAAAAGUUUUAUGAUGUCUGAGGAAAGAUUACAGGAGGUUUGUUACAUUGUGUCAGCUUUAUAGGUGAAACCAUCAUCUCCUUCUCCUGAAUGAUCCCCCAAGGAUGGACAAGGACAGGAAUGAGAUGACUAAGAGAAUAUUACACUUCACCUUCCACCUGCUGACCGGAGAGGAUUACACCAUAGUGAAGAAGACAUGGGGGGAGUGUGUGGCCCCCAGCAGCCAUCUCCAUGAGCCAGGAGGACGGAGCAGGGCCCUGGGCCCCAUCAUGGAGCCUCCACCUCACUCACCGAUACAUGAGAAGAAGAUCCUAGAACUCAUCCACAGGAUCACUGAGCUGCUGACUGGAGAGGUUCCUAUAAGGUGUCAGGAUGUGGCGGUCUAUUUCUCCAUGGAGGAGUGGGAGUAUGUAGAAGGACACAAGGAUCUGUACCAGGACAUAGUCAUGGUGAAGAAUGAUCCCCCAAGGGUAGACUAGGACAGGCACUACAUGACUACAAGGACACUAGACCUGGCCCUAGAGAUGGUCCACAUGAUAUCCGGAGAGGUGAGUGUUUCUGGUGACUUAUCUCUAGUAAUAAACAUGUAAUGUCUGAUGUGAAGUCUUGUGAAUCCGUCCAUACACAGGAGAUAACUGGGGGGUGAACAAUCACUCAGAAGUCACCUAUUUCCUUCAUUCUCCACUAUAUACAUGUAUGCCCGUAACAGCUGAGGCGAAUGUGUUCUGAAUUGAACAAAGGGGGGAAAGCCUCUGCCAGACUCCUCUGGAGAGGCUUAUCACUCCCAAGAACUAAACGAAACAGUAGAUAAAACCCACAAUGGCUCAUUCUUCUUAUUUCUCCUCAGGGAGCAGCCCGGAGCCCACCAUACACAUCAGACACUCGUACGGUCCAACCAGUAUGAGUUAGUUUUUCCUAUAAAUAUGUGCAGUCAGCUUUACAAUAUAUGAA